UUCACGGCUGAUAAGUUAAAAUGUAUCCCAGAAAAUAUUGGAAAGUAUAAGGCUAUAGAUGUUGGUCAACUCCGAUUUCUUGACAGCUUCCAACAUAUGGGAAUGGAACUUGAUAAAUUAGUUGAAUGCCUAGGUAGAAAGCUCGAAAAAUUUACCUUAACUGUCAAACAUUUUACUGAAAAAGGUUAUUUGAUAGAAAAGAUUGAACUUCUUUUCCGAAAAGGUGUAUUUCUAUAUGAUUGGACAAAUUCGUGA